UGCCCAUGCGCGAACUGGCUUCCAAUGCCCAUACAACGCGAGACUCCAUCCUUUGUUGGGUUUGGAUACCUCUCAUUAACAUCGGACAGACAGAAUGGCCGAUACAGCAGGUUUCGUAACGGCCACCGCCCCCGAACCUACGCAAGUGAGGAGUCCUGGAGUAGACGUUACCCUGAGAGAUGAUGUCUCGUUCGAUAUUCUGGCAUUCAUGGCACUUUACUUUGGCACCAUGGAAGAAAUAUCCAAAGAUCUUCGACAAAUGGCACUUGCUGAUACUUUCUUCGAUGCUCGGCUCCUAUCCCUCGCCAGUGGUGGAGGAGCAGGCGGCUCUUUCGCUGUGAGUAUCGUUAAAUCAGAAGACAUGGCGAGACUUCAGCGCCAGAAUGAACGGGCAGGAAACGUGUCUGAAAUCCUACCACAAUUGAUCGCGUUGAGAGUACCCAAGUUGGCCACGGGAACAGAACAGCAGCAAAGGCAGCGCAUCCUUACCUCAAUAGCGAAAGAGAUCGCCGUGCUGGCAAACGACGAAGUGCGCGAGUAUGAAAACGUCGUAAAGCUAUUCGGGGCAUGCUGGAGCUACGCAAACCCCGAGAAGACCGUUCUUUUGCCCGUUCUAGUCUACGAAGCUGCACCGUUGGGCGAUCUUGACGCAUUCCUCCUGUCUCAUAGAAAUCUUCCCAUCGGGCACCAACUACAGAUCUGUGUCGACAUCGCGCAGGGCGUUGAGCGACUCCACCGCGUUGGCGUUGUUCACUGCGAUAUCAAGCCUAAGAAUAUCAUAAUGUUCCCCACCAUGGAUCCAAAACGUCCAUACAAGGCCAAAAUAGCUGAUUUUGGUUGCGCGAUCAUGCUAGACGACGUCGAAACUGCAACACGCCCGCCACCUGGGACCAGGUUCUGGAAUCCUCCGGAGCAGCUGAGCGGAGACCUAGUCGACAAGGACGAACUUCAUCGGGUUGAUGUCUUUACGCUUGCCUUGGUGAUCCUAGCAGUGCUUACUUCGAACCGAUCAACAAACACACUGAUGCAUAUUCACAGUCAGCAAGCACCCCCAUUUCCGACGAUGGAACACCAAAUGGGAUUCGAUUACUUCAAGAAAUGGGGAAGUUUGGCCCUGAGCGGAAUAAUGAUCCUCGAAAGAUUUUCAAAUCUGACUGUUACGCAACGUUCUUCUAUCAAAGCCGACCCGUUAGAGCGUCUUAUACCUCUCCAUUUGCUUGACGACGAUAAUUGGCUAGAUUAUUCUGAGCAAUGGAAUAAACAGAUUGCCUCAGUCAUGUUCCGGGCGCUACAGGGGGGUGUUUCCGAUAGAGAUGCUUCAGUACGGGAUAUCGCAUCUGUCCUCGAAGCAAUUCUAUUUUCCGUAGAGGUCUGGGGCCAAAGAGAUCACGUCCGCAUGGAUCUAGAUGAGGUCACGUCGUCAGCAGGAACCAGGAUCUCUAUGACUUAUAUACUUGAGCAUGACUCCCAAAUUCAAAUGGAAAAAGCGAGGAGAAUGAUUGUGUUCAAAGACAUGGAAGACAUGCUCACCGUCAAGCCAAGUUGGAUGUUCGAACCUCAUCCGGAAACGAACUUCGUAUAUGUCCACUCCAGGGCCACGGGUAUCAAUUCCAAUGAAGCCUGGAGGGAAACAAUUUUUGGUCACGAAAGAGUGGGGAAACGGCCAUGGUUGGCCAUUGAAAAGCGAGCUGGUCAAGUUGUCAAACUGACGAAUUAUCUCGGAAACUUGGCGUACAUGCCCGGACCUCUUCUCAAUUAUAUCCUACAUGUACUAGACGGGGUUGCUAACGACAUAAGAGAACCACCGAAGCGUAGAUCGAUUGCUGCAUACGAACUAGCUCUGGCGUUGAUAGCCUAUCGCGUUGAUGAGUCGAAAGAAGAUGGAGACCAAGAUGAAGUGACUCGCGCGCUUUCUUUGCUUAACUUUGCCUUGGAGACUGGGCAUACAGAGGCCAAGUGGACCAUUGCCUGGAUAUACGCCUCGUUCGGGCGGCAAUAUACGGAUGAGAACCUAGAUUGGUUGAGCGAAGGUAUGAUUGCCGGGAGCCGUAUGGCAGCGAGGCGACUUCGACAGCUAGAUGCGAGCAAAUACAGCGAGACGCGACAUCUCAUUCAGACCAAAUUCCAAGGAAUAGGUGAGGGGUGGCAGAUACAGCCGCAAUACGUUCAAGAAAAUCCCGUAUGGUUUGAAGGGUAUCCUGUUCCGGAAGCAAACCAAAUGGUGCUCUUAGCAUCUGCGGGUAUGAAGGACAGGCUCGAAGCUUUGCUUCAAAGAGAUGUCGGUGUCAAUUCUAUGGACAUGAUGCAAGAAACACCGCUUAUUGCUGCAUGUCGCUCUGGACACGUCGACAUCGUCGAAUACCUCAUCGAGAAGGGCGCCGAUGCCUCGAUGAUAUCCAAGGAGAACAUCUCGGCAUUGCACUACUUGAGUAGCUUUGAUGAAAAUAAAAUACCGUAUAUUGCACUCUUACUACUCGCUGCUGGAUGCCCGCUGGAUACGCAUUCGACAGCUCACUCCAAUCUAAACAAUGGGACUACAGGAAUGGACCGCUAUUACGGCCUAGUUGAUGGAACACCGCUCUUAUGGGCAGUGGCCGCUGAUAACAUGACCGCUGUUGAGACGUUGCUAGACUUUGGCGCUGAUCCGUUCGAUAUUGCACAGAAACAGUCAACGUCUCUUCCUUAUUCUCCUGUGAGUUGGGCAACUGCAAUGCAUCAAGCCGAGAUGCUAGAACAUCUUCUCUCAGCUACGGACCAACACGAGCUAUCUUCGUUACUCAACCCGACCCCGCACACUUAUACUAGCCCGUUUCGUGGUCCACCUCUGGGUUCAGCUGUUGCAUACUCCGGCGGUCUUGUAUUCUAUCGAAUUCAAUUGCACGGCUCGCUACACCGCGAGAAAUGCAGAAAAACCAUACAUCUGCUCUUAUCCAAAGGUGCAGACCCAGCCAUCGUGGGCCCCGACAAGGAGCCUGCGCUACACGGUGCAGGACUCCACGGACAACCGUAUGCAUUCCAAGCCCUGCUGGAGUGGAAUAACGGCUCCCUGAGGCCUGAUACCAAACUUUGGUUCGAGAUUCUGAUCGGUGCUGUCGUGAACGAUCGGAGGAGCACCUUCAGGGAGCUGCUGAAGAUUCCAGUGGAGAUGAACGAGCUGUACGCGUGGCCUAGAAUCAUGGCCACAGUCGCUAGUUAUCAAAAUACUCGCUACUACCUGAAUGCGCUGAUCUCGCACCAACAAGAUUCAGCUAAUUCACCAGCGAACUACACCAUGGCGUUUGAAGAGGCAUUGCAGAACGAAUGCUUUGAGAAUGCAAGGAUUUUGUUUGACAGGGCGGACAAGUGCGAUAUAGUAUUCCGGCGCCUUGAAGACGAGGACGACCCUCGCUCACGCGAGAGUAUGACCUUAUUAGGUAGGCUGAUGCGUCAAGCCAUAAUCUACGCAUCCAAGUUGCAAGCCGUACGCGAGUUCCUUGCGCUAACCGGCGGUCGAGAGAUUCUCUUCGAUAACGUUUGGGACGUGGAGAUGGGGAAGUACAACGCCCUUCAAGUUGCCGUAGGCUACUUCCCACAUGGGAAAACCAAGACCCUGACGGCCGGGCUGCUCGAAACUAUUUUGAAAUAUUUCAAGCUCCCACGCCAUCUAGCCUCCAUCCAUCACGUCAAGAACCGGUCCUUACUGCACUUGGCUGUUCGUUACGGCAACGUAGCGGCUGUCGAGAUUCUCCUGGGAUACCCUGGCACCGACGUAACUCAUCGCGAUGAUCAAGGAGGAACUCCUUUUGAUCGUGCCCUGAACAGAUUACAAGACUCGUGGCGCGAGCAAGAGCUGGCUUACUGGGAGGUUCCCGCAGAUCAACUGGAGCAAGCCCGAGAGGACUGGGACAUCUACACAAGGGCCAUCAUCAUGGUCAUGCAGGCAAAAGGGGCAUCUAAACAUUCGACAUAUUCCCAUGUCUUCAAGAGGCUCUCUGAGGAAAAGGUUCGUCGAUGGAUGAUAUAUCCUGACGAUGGGAGGAUCGAGGUUACGGACUAUCAGGUCUCGAUUUUCGAGUCUGGCGAAAUAGCUGACAAGGUUGCUUCACUUCCGGUUGGUCGCUGCACGUAUUAUGCCAUGUUCGCAGAUCCUGAAGUCACCAGAAGAAUGCCAGGCGCUCGCGACACGAGCAUAACGGAUGCUUUCAACGGUGGCAGGAUAUCAUCAGCGGCGGCGUUGCUUGCACCAGACGACAGGCCCAGGUGAAGCGAAUUCGAGUUUCUGAGCCGUUUUUCGUCCGCGCGAGACUUGUUCCCACUAGGCUACGUAGGAGCAACGAGAAACUCACCUGACUUGCACAUUAAAUUCGCUUGGACUGUGUAGCCUAAAUUGUCGUAGCUUUCGGAAGCGCCGGAUUGUCCUCGAGUUUAUGCACGCUAGCCUGCGCCAGUGCGGCUGAGGACUUUUGGGCUGAGGAUCAAUUUACACGGCUCAGCCGCAAUGUUUCCAUCAGAAGAAAUAUUGUGGCGUCCAAUGAGACUAUUGGGCUAAGAUGCAUACGAUCAAGGCUGUGCAAUCUAGACACCAUCAGCUUCCUUUGCCC